CCUGCUGUGACGUGCAAGUGUUCAAAAAUACAAAAAUGCACGCCGUCCGUGCUGAGGAGCUGCACUCAACACCAAACCGCCCCCACAACACCCUACACAACGCGGAAAACACCAGCCAUGGCGACCAAUGCGGAGCCCACGAAAACCCACAGUGGUCGACAGACCAAACCCCCGGCGAAAUACAACAACAACGGGUCUCUCGGCGCCGCUGUAGGCGGCGGUGGGCUGGCGCCCACAGCGAGUCUCCUCCCUGGCUUCACCGCGUCUCGUUCGACCAGGGGGGUCGCUGUCGCCACCAACAACCAGAGCGAGGGCGGAGCUGUCAGCUCCGGUCGGGUGGCGCCCACCGUCCGUGCCUCGUCGGGCAAGGGAAAAGGCAAGGCGCUGGAGGGGGAGCAGCACCUCGAUGCUGAAGUGCAAGCCAUCAUGAUUGACUCCCGUUUUUGUUCCGACACCGGGUCCGAAGAAAAAGCAGCAAGCGAUGCCGACGUGGAGGGCGGCGGCGGCAACGACGAUGGCGGCAGCACCAAUGAAGACAGCGACAGCGAGGAAUUUAGUCUUCAUAACCCUCGUCAGGGUCGGGUCCUCGGCAAGGUAGCAGGCGGAGCGGGUGCGGGCCGGUCGAGCGGAUCGAGCGGAUCUCGCAGCAGCUCCCCCGUCGAAGCGGGGGCGCAAAGGCUCAGACAGUUCCAACAAUCGCUGAAGCGUCACCGCGGCAGGAGCUACGACCAGUGGGCGGCGUACCUGCUCAAGGAGGCCUGCGGACUGCGGAAGAUCAGCGGGUACUCGAGGUCGUCAGAUACGACCGCCAUGGCUAAGGCGCUGACGCAGCUGGACGUGGUCAUGGAAAGGGACAGCCCGUACUUCGAUGAUUUGGAAGACAGGGCAACAGGCGGAACGGCACCCUCGAAGCCACCAGCCUCGGCGGCGGAGGCGCAGCGAGUUCCACAGCACCUCAUUGCGGCGCUACGUGCUGCAAUCAACGCCGGCGCCUCCCCCGCGCCGACGAAGAUGUACGACUGCGGCGACAAGUCGUACACGGCUGCCGCCAUCAUGGAGGCGAUGAAGGAGGAAGAUAGGCAGAAUGGGGCUGACAACAGCAGCAGCAUCGGACAACGGAGGAAGAGCAAGCACUGCGUACCUCGCUUCUGUGAGCUACUGAUGCACCAGCAGUUCAGGAAGAGGUUCUGCGAGAGUAGGACGCAGCUGAGCAGGAGGGAGCUCGACGCCAAGCAGACGGGGACGAAUCGGGAUAUUCAUCUCGAGCUGUGGGAGGCGUUCAAGGAUGAGAGUUUCGAGGUGCCCAGUUCCUUCGCAGACGACCACCACAUCGUUGGGGCCGGCAUCAACCCCAACACCGUACAUCAGCCGGACAUCACCUUUCAGAAGUUCACGACGAUGAGGACGGAGUUGUUCAAGGACCACGGGGAGAUGUACUCCAACUACAAAAAGUCCGGGAGCAAUGCAGAGAUGUACUCUUUUUGCAAGGAAAGCUUGGACACGUACUACUUUGGGCUGACUACGGAUAAGUGCCCUGACAUCCUGGCGGUCUGCGACCAGAUGCUCCCGGAUGGCACCGCGAGCGAGAACACGGGGGUGGAGAGGGCGGGAGACAAGAAGAGCGGCACCGACGGUGCUGCCGCGGACGCCGGUAAGCGGAAGGCCGCCAAGGUAGAGUCGAAGGAGAGGAACGCGGCCGUGAGCGGCCGGGAUAAGAAGCAGAAGAGGCAGGCGGAUAUGAUUGCGAGUACGGCGAAGGCCGCGAUGGAGACGAUGUUACCCACACUCGGGCUGGGCACGUCCUCCGGGCCCGCGUACACAGACGCUCCAACAUCAUAUUACGAGACCAAGGACGGGAUAGAAAGCAAGGCGGCGAAAACCGACCUACGCACCAAGCUCCGCAAAGAGCUCAAGGAAAUCAAGGAGGAUAUUCGGGUUGAGGAGGCGCGGGGGGAUGCCGCUAACAAGGAAGACCUAGAGCUGUUACGAAUGCAGCAUUCGUCCGUAAGGGCCCAGCUUUUUGAGUUGCUGUCGACACCCGGAGGUAGUGAGGAUUAGGGGAUGCGACCGUGCGCGGUAGGUAGCCGGUGCCCGCGUGGGUGCGUGGUGCGCGGGAGGACGGUAUCGGUUAGUGGGCGAGUAGCGCUACUCUGUUGCGGCUGUGCUGGUUCUUUGUGCUGUAUGACAUGUGACGGUGUACGUUUGGUCGGGUCUUGUGCCGGCCUCUUCGCUCACAUAUGCACUUUGAGUAUUCUUCGUUGGCUGUUUGUCAUUGAAUUGCAUUGUUAUUGUGUUUUGUUUCAGUUUUGGCCCCGGGGGCAGGGUAUUUGGCGUAAAUAUGCUCGCAACAUUUUUUUUUUCCUGGUCCGCCUAUUUCCAAUCCUUCCUUGGUGAAGCGUUUCGAUGCACAACAUCUAUCUCUCUCUCGGAGAAAAUGCGGGGUCUUUGUUGUGGCGCUUCACCAUCACUCUUCUUCAAUCGGUUGUAGCGAGUGUUUGCGUUACAGGAGUAAAGGGGUGUCGUUCCCCAUGUUGUUCUUGCUUUCGACUAGUAGAUAUGACGUGUCACGUUGUGCGGGACCCGCAUUUUGUUGUUGUUGUUUUUUUUUUGCUUGUUUACCACUGUCGCGUGGUUGUUGGUCUGAUCACGUUCUGCGGCGGCUUGUUGCCAUUUUCCCAGCGUCAUCUGUUCACGUAGCGGGAGCUGCCUGCGACGGAGCUGCUGUCGUUUCAUAGUGUUCUGGGGCUGUUGAACCAUUUGGAGCUGCAGUACUCACCAAGGGGAGGGAAAUGUGGCUAUCUGUGUCUCCCGACGGGGUGCGUGCGUCCCAUUAUUUUGUGCUCUCUUUCUGUCAACAUGGUUGAUUCGGUGAUUCUUGUGUCUUUCACUGUGUCGGUACACCAAUGGUUGGCCGGUGAUUUUUUCCUCCCUUCGAAGUGCAUGUUCCGCUUAUUUGUGUUCUCUCAUCGUCUAUUUGACAUUGGUUGAUUCAGUGAUUCUCGUAUAUUUCACCGUCUCGAUUCCUACAUGCAGGUUGUUCGGUGUUUUUUUUUUGUCUUUCGUCUUAACGUCGUUGGUCCGACGCGAGGGUACAGGGUAUACCGCGCGAGGCGUGUUGGCCAUGGUUGGACGGCUAGCGAGGAUGGGGCGACGUACUAUGGUUGAGACUUCGGCAUGUAGUUUGCAUGUAGUUUUGUUCUUCUAGUUGUCUUUGCCUUAAACCCGUAAUAUUAAAGAGUACCAAAAUAAAAAAUAAGAAAAACCGGCGGCGGAGUGUUUUCUCUCUGCACGCCCGUUACUUGCGCACGUCUCACAACGACGCUUCAAGCAUACGAAUCCUGGAAGAUCGAAGGGUACACUAGUGGGGUUUGGCCCACGUUCAUUGCGUGGGAAAACGCUAUAAACCGACAACAUGAGAAGUACGCACAGCAGCAAACGAAAAACAGCAACACAACACACGCACGCCAUUUGAAUAACACACCCGAGAAACACGGCCGCCCACAGCCCGGUGCUUCGAAAGACAGGCGAAUACACACAGCCCCCUCAACCCCCCCAG